GGAGGGGGGCAGCUGGAGAAUUUGGGAGGAAAUGGGUUUUCUAUGGAGAGACACACAUUGGAAAUUGCAGUUUGUAGGAUGUGAUGGGACUGGGAGCCCCUCCUAGGCUGCCUCCCCCGACCCCCCUCCCACACGUGUUCCAUCUACUGGGUCCCUGACCAUCCUCUCCCACCACUGCUGUCGGGAUCCUGUGCGGGUCACACACCGGGGAUCCUCCGGAUUCUUUUCACACUUCUUCUUUCUACCAAAUCCGCUUUUUCACCCCCCCCCCCCUUAAAUCUGUUAUCCAGAUGGAUCUGCUAAGAAAGCCCACCUGGAUGUGUUUACUGCUUCUGGCUCUUUGCUUUGGAUUUACUUUCUGCUCCAAAAAGGCUUCUACCCCCAGGAGACCAGAACGACUGGGACCCCCACUGGACAUUGAUCUUGAAGCCAUAAACUGCACAGCAUUCAGUGUACAAUGGAGAAUGCCCCGGCAACAUGCAAGCACCAUCAAUGGCUAUACUGUUUUCUACACAGAGGUAAUUAACGGUAAACAUGUGAAACAGCUAACUCAGGAUGUUCCUCUUAAAUUGGAUAUGUUGAACUUGGGACAACUAGAUGCGGUGGAAACAUUUAAAACUGUUCUUGGCAACCUCCAACCUGGAACUCUGCACCGGGUUAGUGUUGGCGCCUACAGCUGGGCAGGAAAAGGAAGAGCCAGUAUGCCAAGAGAUGUGUCCACGUUAUCCCAAGAUAAGUGCCAAGUACCUGAUUCCCCAGCCCAGCCCCAGGUUGUGGUUGUGUCGGAUGUGGAGGUCGCGAUUUCCUGGAAACCGAGCACCAGGGAGGGCAGCUCGCCUGUUCAGUAUUAUACAGUCACAUAUACAAGGCCAGAUCUUGACAAGGAGUGGGUUGCCAUAAGAGAGCGCGUGCAGAUGGACUCGAUGGUUCUGAAAGGAUUAAUUCCUGACACCAAAUACCAGUUUGCUGUAAAAGCAGUGAACUCCUUCGGAGAAAGUUUACUCAGCAUUUCUAGCGAAGUUAUCAGGACAUUCCGUACAGAUGAGCUGGGAUCUGGAGGCUACAUUCACAGCUAUGUCACAGAGCCCAAGAUCGGUGACGAUGAUGGAUAUGACGUUGAUGAUUCUGAUUAUGAUAUCUAUAUAGACGAUGUGAAGCCACUUCCUUCCAAAAAAGAGGGCAACAAAAAGUUUAUCGAAACCAAAGGGACAUCUGGGACAUAUACAAAGAUAGUUCCUUUAAGAACUACCACUUCUUCACCAAUAAAAUCCACCACUGUCAGAAAGACCAUGAUAACCACUCCUACAACAACCAUUCCCUUACCUGUGACCACCACAGUGAGAGCAACUGCCAAACCCACCAGAAGGGCCGGUCUGAAGUCUCCUCCUCGGCUAUUUGACCUAACGUGUGAGGAAACUGCCUGUCCUGUGGACAGCUUCUGCCUCAAUGAUUAUGACCGCGGAGGCUCACAGUGCCACUGUAAUCUGGGAAAAGGAGGAGAAACUUGUGAGGAGGAUAUUAAUGUACAAUAUCCUCAAUUUUAUGGCCAUUCCUACAUGACCUUUGAACCACUGAAAAAUUCAUACCAGACAUUUCAGAUUACUGUGGAAUUCAGAGCUCAAGGUGAUGAUGCCUUACUACUCUACUGUGGUGAAAACGAGUAUGGGCGUGGAGACUUUAUGUCAGUGGCCAUAAUUCGCCGGAGUGUACAAUUUCGCUAUAAUUGUGGAACUGGGACUGCUAUUAUUACAAGUGACAGCAAAAUCAAACCAGGUACCUGGCACGUUGUGACAAUUUACAGAGAAGGUCUGAACGGGUGGAUAAAGCUCGAUAAUGGUGCUUCUGUGUCUGGAAGGUCUCCGGGUCAAUACAGUAAGAUCACCUUCCGCACACCUUUGUACCUGGGUGGAGCACCAAGUUCUUACUGGCUGGCGAAGUCAGCGGGGACCAACCGGGGAUUUAAAGGCUGUGUCCAGUCCCUGUCUGUAAAUGGAAGGAACAUUGACAUGAGACAGUGGCCACUUGGAAAGGCACUCAGUGGAGCUGAUGUCGGUGACUGCAGUAUUGGGGUGUGUGAUGAGGCUUCCUGUAUCAAUGGAGGAACCUGUACAUCGAAGUCAGCUGACUCCUAUAUGUGCCUUUGUCCUAUAGGAUUCCAGGGGCGUCACUGUGAGGAAGCUUUCAUCCUGGCUAUACCUCAGUUUAAUGAGUCAACCCGCUCCUUCGCUGUGACAAGGUGGCCAUUUGAACCUCACCAUUACCUUUCCUUCAUGGAGUUUGAUAUGACCUUCCGGCCAGAUUUAGAAGAUGGGACCAUUCUCUACAGUUAUGACACAGAUAGCAAAGAUUUUAUCUCCAUCACCAUGGCGAAUGGUUACGUGGUGUUAAGGUUUGACUGUGGUUCCGGAACAGCUGUGAUAAGGAGCGAGAAGCCGGUAAUCCUGGGCCAGUGGCAUGAACUGCGAGUCUCUCGAACAGCUAAGAAUGGCUUGUUACAAGUGGACAACCAGAAGCAAGCAGAGGGGAUGUCUGAGGGGGGAUUUACUCAAAUAAAAUGUAAUCCCGACAUUUACAUUGGUGGAGUUCCAGAUUAUGACAUGGUGAAGAAGAACUCUGGAAUCCUGCGACCAUUCAGUGGCAGCAUUCAGAAACUUAUACUGAAUGACAGGAUCAUGAAUCUGGUGACUGGCCUGGUUUCUGGGGUAAAUCUGAUCAAUGCCGCCCAUCCGUGUGCUGAUGCACCCUGUGCCAACGGUGGGAGCUGCAGACCCAAACAUGACAGCUAUGAAUGUGACUGUCCGCUGGGUUUCGAUGGGAAGAAUUGUCAAAAAGAAUGUGGAAAUUACUGCAUUAAUAUUAUUACAGAAGCCAUUGAAAUCCCGCAGUUUAUUGGACGCAGUUAUCUUAUAUAUGACAACCGUGAGAUUCUUAAAAGAGUUUCUGGAUCUCGUACAAACAUCUUUAUGAGGUUUAAGACAACCGUGAAGGAUGGUCUGCUUAUGUGGAGAGGGGACAGCCCUAUGAGACCAAACAGUGACUUUAUUUCGCUGGGCCUUCAGGAGGGGAAUCUCGUUUUCAGCUAUAACUUGGGCAGUGGGAUGAUCUCGAUAAUGGUGAACGGUACAUUCAAUGAUGGACGAUGGCACCGGGUCAAGUCUGUACGAGAUGGACAGUCAGGAAAGGUGACUGUGGAUGACUAUGGCGCCAAGACGGGAAAAUCUCCAGGGUUAAUGCGACAACUAAACAUUAAUGGAGACCUCUAUGUUGGUGGAAUGAAGGAGAUUGCCCUGCACACAAACAGACAGUAUGUUGGAGGCCUCAUAGGUUGCAUCUCUCACCUCACCCUCUCCACUGACUACCACGUGUCGCUAGUGGAAGACGCAUCGGAUGGAAAAAACAUCAACACUUGUGGAACUAAAUAGGAAUGAACACUAACAUGCUUGAAACCACUCGAGGAACAAAGGAAGACUUUGCACUGUAAGGACAAUCUGCAAUCCGUGUCAUUCCAAAUAUGCUUCAAGAACAACCACAACCAAAAAAGAAUCUUCUACCAGAUGUUUCCUUUUGUAGGAAAAGAAAACUUGAACUAUUUUCUAAAGUCUUGAUUAGUGUGGGAUUCAGAAUAUGUGACUAACAAGAGAGAUGUGUGUGCCUUUCUCUCACUUCCGGCCCCCGAAAAUCGAAAAUAGUUUUGAGAAUAUGGAUAAGUCAGUCGAAGAUUUUGAUCACCCCUUUGUCAUUUGUAAGUAAUAUACUGUAAAAUUAGGAAAUGGGUGUCAUUGGGCCUAACAUGAUGGACCUCAUCCCUCCCCUGUGGGAUCAAAACAGUUCCCUCCCACUUACCUGACAGUAACCUGUGCAAUACUUAGCAAUGGAACACAAUGGUCAUUUCAUCUAGUCAUCUUUUUGUAUGUGUUAUUGUUCAUCCAAAAAAAGAUUUCUGCAGGAAUUCCAUGACUGUUGUUAGGAGUGUACCUUAAAUCGGUGCUAGUUCUGUCAUGGUUUAGAAAAUACAUGUCGCUCCAUUGAUUAUUUGAUGAUGACAUACCCUUUUACCCCCCACCAGGAUCCUUCACGUUAUCUUGUAUUACAAUGACAACCUUUUAAUGACUGCAGCUCACUAGAAAAAAGCCAAAGAGCACAAUAGCAAUGCAGAAUCUUUAGAUCCUGAUCUGUGACACCACUGGAGCCCUAAACGAGUUUCUUACGUAGGUCCUUACUCGUUACUCACAUAGUUACUCAUUACUCGUUACUCAUUACAUAGGAUUAGCAUGUUGUAAUGUGUGUAGCUCUACUUCUGAAGGAACAGAUGGUUUUAUUGGGACCUGUCUAGGCAUAAACAGUUCCAUUGUGACCCCAAGGCACUCACUGACCCACCAGUGGUUACUGAAUAACUGGCUUCCAUCCAAUUGAUCUUUUACUUGAGUAGAUGGUUAGGGCACAAGACAUCCCUAAAGCCUAGUACACACAUACCGAAUGUUGGGUGGCAUCGGCCAGUUCAAUAGAAACUGGCCGACAUUCGGCCUGUUUGUACUGGAGCCAGUCCGAUCGAAGCCGGUUGUUCAGCUGGCUUCUGUCAAAGGGACAUGACCAAAAGAAAGGUCUUCCAAUCGGAUCCCAAUCAGCACUCUUUGACAAUACCUGAGAGCGCUGAUUGGAGAGUUCUGGCGUGGGGGGGGGGGGGGUGGCAUCUCCCUGUCAGAACACAAUAGCACAGCAGGAUAGAUCGCUGUACUGGCAUCGGAUAGUUAGUACAUCGCCUCCUCCUGAGCUGUCAGUUUUUCUUUGUUCAGGCUGCUGGGUUGAACGAAAAAUAACUACUAGUGUGUACUAGGCUUAAGGGCAUGACUCCAGUAGUGGAAUAAAAAUGAUAUGGUCAGUCUUCACAGGAAAAAAAAACUUUGAAAUCAACCCAUCUUCUGAACUUGAACUCCAGGCUGAAGAGUAGGUGAAGUACCAGUAAACUCUCUAGUUGAGACACCAGACUUCCUAAGGUCCACCCAAAUUCCAGUUUUCAGGUACCUCCAGCUGAAGUUCUUCACUGGUGCUUUUUCCCAGGAUUUGCUCUACACUUGCUGGGAAAAGACACCUCCAGAAGUAUUGUAGGAGUCUAGGCCUAAGACCAGGGCUGGCACCGGCAUAACCCUAAGGAGCCGUCUUAGGGUGCCAGGAUUGGGGAAGCGCUAAAGCUGUGGGUCCCUCAAGAAGUGCUUAUGCUGGCGCUGCUCACACCUUUUCCUAGCCGAGCACUGCUUAGCUCAGCAUGGCUUGGGCCAGCACAGCUCCAGGCUAUGUCAAUGCUUAGAACUUCAGCUGCUGCCUCCAGCCAUCUGCUCUUUCACCGGAUCUCCAAGCCCCUCCUCCUACUCCUCUCCCAGCCCCUCCUCCUACUCCUCUCUCCCAGACCCUCCUCCAACUCCUCUCUC